AUGGCGGUCCUGACCCCAGGCCCCUCUCAGCAGCUGCUGGCCCUGGCCCUCCCUGGCUUGGUCAGCCAACCUGCAUCUGCACUUUGGCAUCUCUACCACCAGGUGUCGCUGGAGGAUGUGGAAUCGCCCGUUCUGUGCAGCCUAGCCCGUCACCCUGAACUAGGAGUUUGCAGGACGCCAGUCGCCCCUGGUCCCCUGGCAGAGGCCUUGAGCAGGUGCCAAUUGUCCAUGUUCCUGCGCCAGAUCAACCCGUGCCUUGCAGCCAAGGCAGACAUCACACUGGAAGUGCAGCCGGGAAAGAGGCCUGCGGUCCCAGCAGAGAGCCCUGUGUCCUCAGUGCCAGGAUGCCGCCCGCUCACACGGCCUGCUUGGGCCGCUGAGAGCAUCACUGAGCUGGACGAGGAGCAUGUGUCUGCUGGCCCGGGGCAGGGCCCAGUGGAGGGCUACAGCCCUGCGGUCCUGUCUGCCGUGCACAUGCUGCAUGCACCAGGCCUCUGCCUGGGGUGCGUGGACAUGAGAACGGGGGUUGGAAUAGCAACACAGAAGCAGGGGCCACAGCCCAGCUCCGGCACCAAUGCCGGGAAGCGGGCUGGCUUCUUCUUUGAGUGCUAUAUCCGGGUCGUGUGGUCAGGUGGAGCAUCCAUCAGCCGAAGGCGCCGAGUGGAUGCAGACCCGACCCCCACACAGUGGUUGGUUGCACGGGACGCAGGGGCCCUCACGGGGCAGUGGACGUCAGGGCCUUGGCUGGCUUCGUCCUCCAGGGCUGACAUUGGCCCUGACACCAUGGACAACCAGGGCAGAGCUUUCUGGUGCACCAGCAGCCAGCAUGGGGGUGAGAGUGACAGGGACAAGGACACACAGCCAGGCCAGCUGGCAAUCCUGUGGGAGUUCACUGGCCUCUACCCUGGGGAUGUUGUGCAGGAUGACGGCUGCACUGGGGUAUUCAGGCUGGGGCAGUGUCUGUGGAGAUGCAGGAAGACAGGCUUCGUAGGCCUCUCCCUGCCGCUCCCGCCCCAGCAGCUCCCCAGAAAGCACAUGGCCACGGGCAGCGUGGCUCAUGGUGCUGAUGACGCCAAGCAGGCUGUGGAACAGGACCGCCAAACACCCUUAGAAACCUCUGGAAUCGUGGCCUGGGCCCCACACCCCUUCAUGACGGACUUCCGUAAGGGCUCUGCUCCUGCAUGGAUGAAUGGUGCAAUGCUGAAAAGUGCGGAGCGGGAGGGGGCGCACCGGGGCGUCAGCAUCGCCGGCCGUGAUGGAUGGCGUCCACCCGCCCGCUCAGGGGGUGCUGAGCGCCUCGGAAACCCGAGCCCAUCGCGGCAGUGCCUCCGAGCCGCAGCGCCCCAGGCCCGGAGCCCGGGGCCCAGCAGCCCCGACGCGCCCGCCCGCCCCGUCCAGGACGCCGUGCUGCGGCGCCUGUCGCUGCUCGAGGACAUCGUCUACCGGCAGCUCAACGGCUUGUCCAAAUCCCUUGGCCUCAUUGAAGGGUAUGGGGGCCGAGGCAAAGGCGGUCUUCCCGCUACCCUGUCCCCGGCUGAAGAAGAGAAGGCUAAGGGACCCCAUGAGAAGUAUGGCUACAACUCCUUCCUCAGUGAGAAGAUCUCGCUGGACCGCUCCAUUCCGGAUUACCGGCCCACCAAGUGCAAGGAGCUCAAGUACGCCAAGGAGCUGCCACAGAUCUCCAUCAUCUUCAUCUUCGUGAAUGAGGCACUGUCGGUGAUCCUGCGGUCCGUGCACAGCGCCGUCAACCACACGCCCACACACCUGCUCAAGGAGGUCAUCCUGGUGGACGACAACAGCGACGAAGAGGAGCUCAAGGCCCCCCUGGAGGAAUAUGUGCACAAGCGCUAUCCCGGGCUGGUGAAGGUGGUGCGGAACCAGAAGCGAGAGGGCCUGAUCCGAGCACGCAUCGAGGGCUGGAAGGCGGCCACAGGCCAAGUCACCGGCUUCUUCGACGCACACGUGGAGUUCACGGCUGGCUGGGCAGAGCCUGUCCUGUCUCGAAUCCAGGAGAACGGGAAGCGGGUGAUCCUGCCGUCCAUCGACAACAUCAAGCAGGACACCUUUGAGGUGCAGCGCUACGAGAACUCAGCCCACGGAUACAGCUGGGAGCUGUGGUGCAUGUACAUCAGCCCCCCGAAAGACUGGUGGGAUGCCGGGGACCCUUCCCUCCCCAUCAGGACGCCUGCCAUGAUCGGCUGCUCCUUCGUGGUCAACAGGAGAUUCUUUGGGGACAUCGGCCUGCUGGACCCGGGCAUGGACGUGUAUGGUGGGGAGAACAUCGAGCUGGGGAUCAAGGUGUGGCUGUGUGGGGGCAGCAUGGAGGUGCUCCCCUGCUCGCGUGUGGCACACAUCGAGCGGAAGAAGAAGCCGUACAACAGCAACAUCGGCUUCUACACCAAGAGGAACGCGCUGCGAGUGGCCGAGGUGUGGAUGGACGACUACAAGUCCCACGUGUACAUCGCGUGGAACCUGCCACUGGAGAACCCAGGGAUCGACAUAGGCGAUGUUUCAGAGAGAAGAGCUUUGCGGAAAAGCUUGAAGUGUAAGAGUUUCCAGUGGUACCUGGACCACGUCUACCCCGAGAUGAGAAGAUACAACAACACCGUGGCCUACGGGGAGCUGCGAAACAACAAGGCAAAAGAUGUCUGCCUGGACCAGGGUCCCUUGGAGAAUCACACGGCCAUCCUGUACCCGUGCCACGGAUGGGGGCCACAGCUGGCCCGCUACACCAAGGAGGGCCUCCUGCACCUGGGCGCCCUGGGGACCACCACACUCCUGCCGGACACCCGCUGCCUGGUGGACAGCGCCAAGAGCCGGCUGCCCCAGCUCCUGGACUGUGACAAGGUCAAGAGCAGCCUGCACAAGCGCUGGGCCUUCAUCCAGAAUGGAGCCAUCAUGAACAAAGGCACAGGGCGCUGCCUGGAGGUGGAAAACCGGGGCCUGUCUGGCCUGGACCUCAUCCUGCGGCCCUGCACAGGGCAGCGGUGGACGAUUAAGAACUACAUCAAGUAGCCGGAGGGGCUGGGCCUGACCAGCCCAACUCGGGACAUGGUGGCAGCCACAGGAGCCCAGGCCCCGGGCUGCAUGGGGUCCCCAGCUGAAGACUUGAGCCCCAUGGGUCUCCCAGGAGCCCUGAGGCUGGUGAACCUUGGAAAGCACCCUCAACCCUUCUCGGGGACCCCUGGAGCUGUGUCCCCCAGAUCCAGGCCUCAGGGGGGCCACUGUUCCCCUCUGCGUCAUCCCCGCCCUGGUGCCAGGGUCUGGGCCAGGCAGGGCCCCCCCACUUCCUCAUCGUCUGCAGCAGCCACAGCUUCCGAACCUCACCCGGCCUCAGAGAAAUGGGGGCUCCA